CAGUAGAAGCCACCUCGUCCCCUAGUGAAACCCUACACUUUCUCCUUCUGCAGAUCCCUCCCACUCUGUCCAACCAUCCACAAGGUUGCUGUAACUCACCUCAGCUCACUUUUUAACAACACUGAACACUGGAUUGUCACCCUGGAUUAUAUAUCAAUCUCCUCUUGAUUCCUGGUGCCUGCAGGGGAGACAUUUUGGAUUACUACCAGCUGAUAAUGAUGCUGCCCCGGUGCUGAUUCAGGGUUUGAGUGCUGGAGGCAGAGACGGACACCUCCAGCAACGCUAACUGACUGACUGACAGGACAGACUGGACAGCUGGAUGGUGGUAAUAAGCUAAACAAUACAGACCCAAGCUAAGGCCGAGAUGGAAUUACGACUGGGAUUUAGGAUCACCCUGGUCUUGGUCAUCCUGGCCUUGACUCUUUCUAAUGAGAGAGUGGAAGCGCAGAGGGCAGGGUGUAAAAAUGUUCACUAUGACUUGGCAUUUAUCCUGGACACCUCAUCUAGUGUGGGAAAAGAGAACUUUGAGAAGAUCAGACAAUGGGUGGCCAACCUGGUGGAGUCUUUCGAUGUGGCACCUGACAAGACAAGAGUAGCCGUGGUUCGUUACAGCGACAGACCCACCACUGAGUUCAAUCUGGGCCGACACAGGACCCUGGAAGAUGUGAAGCGAGCCGCCCGUAACAUACGCUACCUGGGAGGGAAUACAAUGACUGGGGAUGCUAUCAGCUACACCACCAACAACAUCUUCACAGAGCGGAACGGAGCGAGGCCAAACGCCAGAGGCAUUCAGAGGGUGGCCAUCCUUCUCACAGAUGGCCGAAGCCAGGAUUAUGUUCUGGAGCCCUCUAAGGCAGCUGCCAAAGCUGGCAUCAGGAUGUUUGCCGUGGGCAUCGGGGAAGCUCUGAAGGAGGAGCUGGAGGAGAUCGCAGCUGAGCCAAAGAAUGCGCACGUCUUCCAUGUGACAGACUUUAAUGCCAUUGACAAGAUCAGGGGCAGGCUCAGGAGAAGGCUGUGUGAGAAUGUCCUGUGUCCAAACAUGAAGAUCCAACCUGAUCGCUUUAAGCCCAACAGCACCAGUUAUGGUCUUGAAGAGGUUCCAGGGUUCGAUCUGAUGGAGUACUUUAAUGUGAAAGAUAUUCUGGGAACCAGGGUUGAUGAAGGCCAAAGUUCAUACGUUCGCCUUGGCACCAUGCCUAUUGUGCAGCAAACAGAGGAUGUCUUUCCUCAAGGGCUGCCAGAUGAAUAUGCCUUUGUAACAACAUUCAAAUUCAGGAAAACCUCAAGACGUGAAGAUUGGUACCUCUGGCAGGUUUUCGACAAAUAUGGGAUCCCACAGGUGUCCAUCCGUUUGGACGGAGAGAACAAAGCGGUAGAGUACAACGCUGUCGGCUUGACUAAAGAUGCUGUCAGAGCUGUGUUUAAGAACCCUGAAGUUGAAAACCUGUUCGACCGCAACUGGCACAAGAUUGCGCUCAGCGUGGAGGCCAAGGCUGUGUCUCUGUACCUGGACUGCAAACACAUUGCCACCCUCCCCAUUGAAGACAGGGAGGAUAUUGACAUCCAGGGGAAGACGGUGAUUGGCAAGAGGCUCUAUGACAGUGUGCCAAUUGAUUUUGACCUCCAGAGGAUGAUGAUUUACUGUGAUUCCAAGCAUGCAGAGCUGGAAACCUGCUGUGAUCUGCCAAAUGGGCCUUGCCCCAAGAAAGUUGUGACCGAGGCUCCACCUGUGCAGAUCCCCACUCCAACACCCACCGUUGUGGAGCAACAAAGAGGCCCUCAAGUGAACUGCUCCUGCCCUGCUGGAGAGAAGGGAGAUACUGGUGCACAGGGUGUUGCAGGUCCUAAGGGGGAAAAGGGUGACACUGGCCCUAAGGGUGCCGUUGGACCAUCUGGCGUCAAAGGAGAAAAAGGAGAAACUGGCAAAGCAAUCUCUGUCAGAGGUGACAGAGGUGAGAAGGGUGAUACAGGCAGUAUAGGGUUGAAAGGUGCUCCUGGGCAAAAAGGAGAGAAGGGACUUGGUGGUGUGCCAGGUAUUGAUGGCUUACCCGGUGACAAAGGGGACAAAGGUGCAGCAGGACGGAAUGGUGAGCCAGGGCCAGCAGGUCCAGCUGGAUUAAAGGGAAUUCAAGGAGAUGCGGGAUUCCCUGGCACACCUGGACCAAAAGGUGUCACUGGUGAUGCGGGUAUAAAAGGUGAAAAAGGAACCCCAGGAGCCAGGGGUGAGGCAGGAUUGGAUGGAUUACCUGGAAAACCUGGUGUUCCUGGGAAAGAUGGUUUCAGAGGACUGGCUGGAGCACCUGGGCCCAAUGGAAUCAAAGGUGACAAGGGGGAGAGAGGCCUUCCCGGAUUACCUGGGGAUGCGGUACAGAAAGAAGGCUUACGAGGCGAAAAGGGAGAUGCUGGACCUCCCGGGCCUCCAGGGGCUGAUGGCCCCCAAGGGCAUCCUGGUCCUCCUGGUCUUCAGGGGCUUCCUGGUGAACCUGGAGAGUUUGGCCAGAGGGGAAAGAAAGGUGAAAGUGGACUGCCUGGAGUGGACGGCCUGCCAGGACCUCCAGGUCCUCAGGGCCCUCCUGGGCCACCAGGAAUCCAAGGACACACUGGGCCUCCUGGGCUUCCUGGUGAAAUUGGAUUUUCAGGCAAACCUGGAGAGUCUGGAAAGCCUGGUCUUCCCGGUAAAGAUGGUCUGGACGGUCUUCCUGGAAAUGACGGUGCCAUGGGGCCCAGGGGAGAGCGUGGAACAGAUGGUUUUCCAGGCAAGCCUGGACCUAAGGGUGACGAUGGGCCUCCUGGACCAAGAGGACCUCCAGGAGAGAGAGGAGAAGCUGGGGCCCCUGGACAACGCGGGGCUGAUGGAGCCAGAGGAGACAGAGGUGUUCCGGGAGAAAGAGGACAGGAGGGGCCACUGGGGCCAAAAGGUGAAAAGGGUGACAAGGGUGAAGUGGGAGCUAGGGGACCGCCUGGCGCUCCAGGAAAUGUGGCAAAUGUCAUCCCUGAGCCUGGAGAACCUGGAAACCCUGGGGAGAAAGGAGAGAAGGGGGAUCAAGAACCUGGAGAGAUGGGUCCAAGAGGGUUACCUGGUGAACAAGGUUUUAAAGGACAGCCUGGACUACCGGGUCCUAAGGGGGACACCGGUCCUACAGGAGAGACAGGACGUGUUGGAGACCCUGGUCCACCUGGCAUAGCUGGCCCUCAGGGUCCCCGUGGACUACCAGGAAAUGUGGGCAUACCUGGGAUCAUCGGGCCUCCUGGUCCAGCUGGACAGAGAGGAGACAAGGGUGAAACGGGCAAACCAGGACAAGCAGGUCCCCAAGGCCCACCUGGAGAGCCCGGUGUGAUUGGACCACCUGGACCAACAGGGAAAGGCAAAGAUGGGCAAAAUGGAGAACAAGGACCACAGGGAAUUCAAGGACCCCCAGGACCAAAGGGCCAACCGGGGUCACGUGGAGAACCAGGGUUACCAGGGGACAGGGGUUCUGCAGGAGAGGGCAAAGUGGGACCACCGGGCCCCCCAGGAAAGAAUGGGGAACCUGGAUCAGCGGGUAUGAGGGGUCCCCCAGGUGUUGCAGGUCCUCAAGGCCCAGCAGGACAUAAUGGUCUACCAGGAAGGCCAGGAGAGAAGGGAUCACCCGGAGAGCCUGGAAAGGCAGCUGACCUUUCUGACCUAAACCUAAAGGAUGUUUGCUCAGACUGCCCUGCAGGUCCACCUGGACCUCCCGGACUCCCAGGACUCCCAGGAGAUAAAGGACAACAGGGACCCCCUGGGAAAAGUGGCCAAGAUGGAUACCAAGGCCCAGCGGGACCAGCAGGACCUCAAGGGCCCCCUGGAGCUGACGGCGGAAAGGGUAUAAAAGGUGAUCGAGGACCUCCUGGAGGCCCAGGAGACAAAGGAGACAAGGGUCACCCAGGUCCCCCAGGCCAUCCAGGUCCUGCUGGAUUAAUGGGUACACCUGGUACCGAUGGACAGCCUGGACCUGUGGGUCCCCCGGGGCCCCCUGGAGAAAAGGGCAAAGAAGGUCUCAAAGGAAUCCAGGGACCACCAGGUCUCCCUGGCUUGAUAGGUCAGCCUGGAAAAAUGGGAAAAGAUGGCAGACCAGGUGAAACAGGAGAACCUGGCAAGCAAGGUGAGCCCGGACCUCCAGGAAACCCAGGACUAAGGGGCCUCCCUGGCUUUAAAGGCCACAGAGGAGAACCAGGAGCUCAAGGACCUAAGGGAGAAGAUGGAAAGCCUGGACCUUCUGGACGUGACGGCAAGCCUGGGAAGGAGGGCUCUAAGGGACCUCCAGGCCCAGAAGGACUUAUUGGUCCAAGAGGAGAGUCGGGCAAGCCAGGUGAACCAGGACCAUCGGGAAAACCAGGUCUUCCUGGAACACCAGGUCUUAGAGGAGACAAGGGAGAAGCUGGCAACCCAGGAUUACCGGGCUUUAGUGGGCCUAAAGGCCCGGCGGGUCCACCUGGUCCGAUUGGCCCAGAAGGGAAACAGGGAAUGCCAGGCAGAUUUGGUGAUCGUGGAACCAAAGGCGAUAAGGGAGACCCGGGUACAAAGGGAGACAAAGGACAUUCAGGAGAUCCAGGUAUGCCCGGAAACCCCGGCCCCCCAGGUAGAAAAGGCCACACGGGGAUGAUGGGCAUGUCGGGACCGCCAGGAGAAAUAGGAGCCCCAGGGCCACAAGGACCUUCAGGAAACCCCGGUCUCCCAGGCCCCAGGGGAGAGUCAGUGUCACUGGAGCAGAUGAGACGGCUCAUCCAGGAGGAGCUGGCAAAACAAUUAGAUGCAAAACUAGCUUACCUCAUGGCUCAGAUCCAGCCAGCCCACGUGAAGAGUACAGCGGGCCGCCCAGGACCCCCAGGCCCGCCUGGUAAGGAUGGCAGCACUGGACGUCGGCCCCCCGGAGAACCUGGUAUGCCUGGACAGAACGGAGGAGAAGGACCCAGGGGACCCAUGGGCCCGAAGGGUGAGAAAGGAUCAAAAGGAGAAAAAGGAGACACAGGUGUUGGUGACAGAGGAGAGCAAGGCCCGCCUGGCCCCAUGGGUCCAGCAGGUAUGCCUGGUUACGGCAAAGACGGAAGUCCAGGAGCAGCGGGAGCCCAGGGAGAGGCAGGAAACCCCGGCCCCCACGGUCAGCCUGGACCUCCAGGUCCUCCCGGCCAGUGCGACCCCUCCCAGUGUGCCUACUACGCCAGCCUGGCACAAAGACCCCACACCAAAAAUGUGAAGGGGACUUAAAGAAGAAAAGACACACAGAGCCGGUAGUCUGGCUGUAUUUAUGAACUUGGUCGUGUCAGUCUGAAUCAAGAACUUUUCUUUUUCAAGCUAACCUCAGUGCGGAGGGCUGAAGCAACAGGCGCUGCCGGUCAGAUUCUUUGUUUUGUUUUUGGUACGAAGCUUGGGAUGGAUGGGGAUUGAGCAACGCAGGACUUUUUUCGGAUCUGUUAUGGGCUACAGAGGGCAGCUAAACAGUUUUUUUCCCUCUCACUUGCAUGCUCCCUGUAACAUAAAGAUAACAAGGAUGGUGCAACACCCAGUCUCCAACAGGAGUGAAGAUUUGGCGGUCUGAUAUCAUAUCAUUUCAUUGUCUCAACACUUGAACCAGGCGUUUUCCUGCCUGCCUCAUGCUGUUUUACACCAGUUACCCUUCACAGCUGCACUAUGUCGGCUACUGAUCACUAAAUCAAACUCUUGCUUGGGAUCUUCUACCAAUGAGGUGGUGAUUACUCAGUCAUGGGAAUAAUCUGUUAUACUGUCAUUGAUGAGAAAAGGGAGGCAGAGGUUUAGUGUGGGAGGACAAUUAAUGAGUUUGUGUGCAGAAUGAUGAAUGUCCACAUUUGUACACUUUUUGCCUCCAAGCCGGUUGCAGUGUUAUUAUAUCACCUCAUUUUGGGCAGUAUUGGCAUCCUAAAACAGGCAGAAAAAUGAAAUAAGUUUUAGAGAAAUCUACCCCUCAACACAUUGAAAUUGUGCUUGAUUUAUUGAAAUGAACAAGUCUGGUUUGUUUAGACGGGUAGGAAACCAGAUCUUAUUUUCCCGGGAAUAAAUUGGAGGCGGCAGAAAUGUCGUCUCUGUCACAACUCAUGAAUUAGCGCCUCAGCAAUACAGUUUAAAACUUUGGGAGAAAUUUGAAGGAUUCCAUUCCAAAAUCCAUGCUUAUUUGUGUAAAAUAAUAGAUAUGUCAAUAAAAUAAAAUCUUAUGAAUUUGUUUGCAAAUCUGCCCAAAAUACUGUACGCUCCAUGUAAUGAUUUGCUCCAGACUCACCCAUACAACUCUUCCCAAACCAAAGUUUAAAAGGGAGAAGUCAAGACAGGAGGAAAUGUCAUUGUUAGAUUUGUACUUUCAUGUUUAAUGAAGUGGCUCUCGUCAUUCUCUCUCGGAGCUAUGCAUAGACCCAAGCAGCAAACAGCUUUGAGGAGGUGGUAUAAUUGCAGCCUUUGUUCACCUUUCUUGAAAAGCUGCCUGUUUCACACUGCUUUCUCUAAAUGUGUCACUUCCUCGGUGUUCGCUGAGGCUUAUUAAGUGCCUGCGCUGUGGCAGCGACCAGGCAGCUCAGCCCUGCUCCGAAAACACAUUGCUUCUCUUAUUUGUCCCCUGGAAGCUAAAACUGGAAGACUUGCUUUCCUGCAUCUUGAUGACCGGACCAUUGUGGUAACCAUUUGAGAGAUGCUUUGCCUUAUGUCCCUCACGGACCAAUUAUACUUUAUUAUACUCCCCAACCUCAGACUUCCUGGUCAUCUAGAACCUUUUUAAUAGCCUCCACUAAAGGUAUCACAUCUGUCUUCCUUUAAAAAAGAAGAAGAAACACAUCAAUGCCCACCGCAAGAAGUGAAAGUGCAAAUUUGUAGAGAAGAAGAACUGCCAAACUGUACAAUAUGACUUACUAUAAUGGCCAGUCAUUCUUUUCACCCCUUGCUCAGGUUAUCUAAUGGAAGGUCAUUCAUGAAGAAUGUGAAGGUGCGACUCUGACACCAUUCGGUUUUUAAGGUGUUGGUAAAGCAGACUGGUUUUCUGGUUGACCAAUAUUUCUGUAGCUGUUCUGGAGGCAUAAAUGAUUAAACAUGCUGAGUUAAAGCAACAGCGUGUCAUUUUCGAAUGAAGAAAAAUCUCAUUUUCUAAAAUUUGUAAACAACAAAACCCUCUCUUGCUAAAUUUGACACACUCAAAACGCAUUUCCACUAAUGUAGACUGAAUUGGUAUUGUUCUAAAUUGCUAAUCCAAGUUUGACAGGUUCCACAUGUUUUAGACAAAAUAAGAGGUUUUAUAUCCUGAAAAGCUGUUUCAUGUUGAACAUGGAAACACAAUGAAUAAUUGGAUAAAAACACUUUCUGUACCACUUAUUUUGCACAUAGCAUCUUUAACCAUAAUGUAUAUGGCCAUUCAUAUUAACAUUGAAUAGCUAGACUGGAUAUGAUUUGCAAAUAUCCAUAAUUCAGUUUUACCGGUCAAAAAGAACAUUUCAGAUAUCCACUUUCAGGACAAAUAAUUUUAUCUUUACCAUUCAUGUGCGUACUGUUUCUCAUCGCAAAUUCCCAUUACAUUUCAGCUGAAUUAUAACCAGUAUUAAUCCCAGCUUCAGAUAUCUACAGUUUAAUUCAACUAGUGGAGAUAUCUUAAAUUAAGUCUGAGCUAGCAGGAUUAAUGUAAUAGAUAUCUGAAACUGGAGUUCUGCUUAGUCAAAAUGUCAUUACAGAUAUGUUUAAUUAGAGUUUUGACUGUGUGAAAUGUUGUUGCAAAUAUCUUUAGUUAGAUCAGACUGCUGCAAGUGGAGAAACAGCUUACUGUUCAAACCAAUUAUGGUCCUGCAACUGUAACUGCAUAUGAAACACAGUUUUACCACCAUGCAGAAGCAGCCUGAGGUUAAAGAUCACAAGUCUAGAAAAAAAAGACCUCCUCGUUCAUGAGUUCUUUCUAGUUCAGUAUGUUUUUUAAAUGAAAAUUUACUCCUGCUUUCAUAUACAGUAUCCAAUGGGAAGCCUUACAUGAGCAGCAUCAGGCACAACAAUUCGGACUUGUCAUUAUGGAAUUCAAGAUAUUCGCAACUAAACCAAACUCAAUGACAGACAUCUCUAUCAAUUUGACUGGUCAGUUUGUUGUUGAUGUUAUCUGUAGUGCUAUAGUAACUUAGAUAUUAAACAUUGAAACACCUUCCUGUUCAUCAUGUACAAUUUAGCAGGACUGAUGUAAAUGUUUCCAAAAGGAUGCUUCUAUCUUGCAGGGUCGGCCAUCUUGCUUUGUUUUUCCUGACCAACAUUCGCUGUAAAAAUGGGAAGAAAUAUAAUUGUCAUGGUGACACAGCAGUUCUGCAACAAGCUGGUGGACAUGCACGCCCACUCUGUUACUGUUUCUAGAACCAGAACUUUUCUGGUCGACAAGGUGAAUCCGUGGUUGCCUUUCUUGGUGUCCUAUGACCAGUAGAUUUUAGUGGCUAAUUCUAAUAUUAAAUUUAAAGCAAAACUUCCCUUGUUGCAGCACUGCAGUAACUGAGUGGUUUCAAAUAAAGAGGUCUCAUUGGAACUUAAAUACAAAUUCAACUGACCUAAUCAUUAAUUCUUGGUCAUUUUAAGGUUAAACAUUCAUCUAGCUAGCUAGCUGGUGUUAACACCCCCAACUGCAUGUUUACAACUUGACAAGGCUGUAGCUAACUUGUAAAACACAGUGUGAUCAAUUUUUAUAUUUGCUUUUACAUUUUUGACGUUUUGUGAUGUUGCAUCAAAGUCGUUGUUACCUCUGCCAUCAAUGAGAUAUAUGUUGCCUUCAGAGCAGCUCUUAGCAAAUGUUAGUUAGCUGCAGUACAUAUUAGCGCCUUUCUCCAAACCGUACAGAGCAGCUUUAAAUGCAGUCAAAUGUAAAUGUACAGUAUUUUCACAAGUUUAUUCCUAAAUGACCUUUCUACUCUUUAAUACAUCUGUUAGCUGCUUCUCUAUUAGCGGUUUACUAUUGAACAGUAUUGUUGUUGUGUAGUUUUGUAAAUGCUUGUUACAGUUACCUAUCAGGCUUUGUGUUACAGGGUAGGAUGGUGAGUUGCUGCAAAUAGCUUAAAAUUUGUAAUGCAUAAAGGCCAUACUUUUAAGUUAUACUUCUAAAUUAUUCACAAUUUGAACAAAUACAAAUGCGUUUGAAAGCAUUAAGUAAAAAUUAUUAACCCUUUUCCCAUUUUUUUUCCUGAUAAAUUGGUGCUAAGAUAUUUUAAAAUAGUAGCAUAUUGUAAGUAUUGGAAAGACACCUGUACUGUACUGUAUAAUAAAGACUGGAACAGAUUCAUUUUAUAAUACA